UGGCGAGACUGAGCAUUCGUGAGUGAGACUUGCAAGGGUGAGGACGCGCGACAUUUCUCUCCCGCCCAUAAUUGUUAAAAAGUGGAUUUCUACCCUCCGUGGGGGGCUGAAGGUGGAUAAUUUGGGUGUGUGAGUGCGGCGGGCGCCAUGUUGAGUGCGUGGAUAUUACUACUCGCUGCGGCGGUGGCGGGGGUCGCUUCCAAAGACACAGACACAGUGCCCCAGUUUGACCUGGUGCGUAUGUCUGAAGGGUAUCAUGGCCUGGUGGCUGAGGACACAACACUGGUGGAGAUGCAGCCCCCUAUCCGCGCCGUGCCCAAUGUCUGCACCUUCAGAAUUGCCAACAGACACCAUGGAGAGGCGCCCUUUGUGAUCAGCCUGCGAGAUGACCUGACUGGCGAGGCGGAGCUGUUGGCCAAACAUCCAUUAAACUGCGAGAAGAGAAAGAAUUAUAAGUUUGACAUCACUGCCAUUUCCUGCACGGGAGUUGAGUCGCAGAACGUGACAGUGCACGUGAAGGUGAGUGACGUGAAUGAGUACGCGCCAGUGUUCGUGGAGCCCUCCUACGUGAAGGACGUGGACGAGGGGCGGCUGUACGAGGAGGUGCUCACCCUGCAGGCAGAUGACCAGGACUGUUCACCCAAGUACGGGGACAUCUGCCGCUACGAACUGCUCACCAGAGAACAGCCGUUCACCAUAGACAGUGAGGGUGUGGUGAGGAACACUGAGCCUCUGGACUAUGAGAAGAGCCACAACCACAUCCUGUCUGUGGUGGCGUACGACUGUGGUAUGAAGCGGUCCCAGCCUGUCAUGGUCACAAUCAAAGUCAACAGGGUGUGUCGCAUUGGGUGGAAGGGCAUCCCAGACCAGGUGGAGUACUCGCCAGGGUCAGGCCGCCAGGAGCUGUUCCCUGCCGCCUCCCUGGAGCUGUGCAAUGUGCCGUGCAGGGUGGAAAGGGUGCAGGCUCGCGUCACCCUCACCACCACUCACAUCGGCAAGGGCUGCGACAGGGAUACCUACUCUGUGGCUGCGCAGAGGAAGAUGUGUGGCGCCAGUUCAGCCAGCGUGGAGCUCCUGCCAGCACCAGGAGCAGGGCGGGAGUGGACUGCGGGACUCCACUCAGACGAAGGGCAUGAGGGGGACUUGAUCUACCAGUUUGAAGGGGACCACUCUGGCGCUGUGGUCCCUGAGUCAGUCCUCCACCACAACCUGACGAAUAUCUUUACUAUCUCCACCUGGCUGAAGCACAAGAGUCACCCUAGUAUGGAUAAGCACGUCAAGGAACAUAUUCUGUGCACGGCGGAUGACCACAAGAUGAACCGUCACCACACCGCUCUGUUUGUACGCAACUGUCGCCUCAUCCUCCUCCUCCGCCGAGAAUCCACCGAGGCUAACCUGAACACCUUCCAGCCAGCAGAGUGGAGGUGGAAGCUGUCUCAGGUGUGUGACAAUGAGUGGCACCAUUACUCCCUCCACGUCAACUUCCCCGAGGUCACCCUGUAUGUGGAUGGUCACCUCUUCCGCCCUGAGAAUGGAGAGUCCCCGGAGGUCAUUGAUGACUGGCCCCUACACCCUACACGGGGCAUCAACACCACUAUGUCCGUUGGUGCUUGCUGGCAGGGGUCUGAAGGAAGCAUGAAGCACGGUCUGACUGGCUACCUGGCGGGGCUGUCGGUGCUGGUGGGAGGACUGGAGUCUCCCCGAGUGCUGUCCUGCCUCACACGUUGCCAGGAAGCCCUCGACACACCAGCCAUGGAACUCCUGCAGCCCAGUAUGGAGCUUCUCACUAAUAAUGAAAUGACGCAGAUCACCAUUGAGGGGAACAACAUCACCAACAUGGAGACACUGAUUCACCGCAUUGCCUACAUCAACAGCCGAGACUUCCCCACCCCUGGACGCCGACCCAUCUCUGUGGUGGCCAAUAUCCUGUGUGACUCAGGCAAAUCCUUCAAGGUGGAUCCAGCGCAGAGCUUUGUGAUGGUGAUGCAGCCUCACCAGCCCAGCAUUGAGCUCAACGGCACCACAAACUUUGCCGAGGAGUACGAGUCUUUCCGCCAGGGACUGAGGGUCUUCCCGGAUGUCAGCAUCUACCUUUCACCCGCUGCGGAGGAGGCCACAGCACCCACACCCGGCGGACAGCUGGAUGAGUGCGUUGUGUCUGUCUAUCCGUCUCUCAACCCAGACCAUGAGACACUGCUGCUUCCGGAUAACCUGAUUUCCGAGCUUGGUCUUGCCUCCUCCACCACCAGACAGGGCGCCACCAUCUCCGGGGCACACACCACCCGCCACUACCAGUCCAUCCUGCGGCAGAUUCACUAUGCCAACCGUAAGCCUGCCUACUACCUCAACCGUGCCUUCAAGCUGUCCUGCUCGGAGCUCGGAGGAAGGUUCACCAGCAAUGAAUAUGUGCAAACGGUGACGGUCAUCCACCCCCAGCUCAGCGUGGAGGACAAGACACCAGACAUGAUUGACCCCAGCACCCCCACCAACCACAGCCCCCUCUCCAGCCCCGUCUUGCCUGCCCGCCCCCCACAUGGUCAGCACAGCCCCAACGGAGGCCCCCUGCCACACCACAACCCCCCGCCAGCCCCCGCGCACGCUAGGGUGUCGGCACACCACGUGGAGGUGAAGCCACCCCACGAUGUCAAGGAUAAAUACUUCACCUCAAACAUCAUGGAGGGAGCCGCUGUCAACAGUGCUGGCCACGCAGUCACCAUCAUCAUCGUGGUGUGCGUGGGCUUCCUGGUGUUCAUGGUGGUGCUUGGUGUGAUCCGCGUGAGGGCAGCACACACCCGCGGCGCCAACCAGGACCUGGCCGACACCGAGAUGGCCUGGGAUGACACCUCUCUCAACAUCACCGUCAACCCCAUGGAGCAACAGCUGGGCAUGGCGGAGACGCAGCAGCUGAGGGAUGAUGACGAUGAUGACGACGACUCCUCAGACGACGGCAGCAACUUCAACGACGACCUUGACUCGUCGGAUGAAGAGGAAGGGAAACCAAAAGAACUUGAGUGGGACGACUCCACCCUCAAGAUGUAGAGCUCCUCUCCCUCCCACUCCCUCUCUCUCACCCCCACUCGCCGCCCACCUCUCUGCCACCACUCCGUCUGUCUCUAACCAAUGCUGAUGUGCCGUGCUGUGCCAUGCCGUGCUGUGCUGUGUGGCUGUGGUGGUGUGGUGUGGUGUGGUGCGGUGCGGUGCGGUGCAGGGUGGUUGCAUUGGUCGCUGGUCGCUGGCCACUGGUGUGUUCUCUCUAGUGUUUGUUACAUUCACUAACAUUUUUGAAGCUGUUUUUCAUUUUGUGUUUCUGUCAAAAUGUUGAAAUAUUGAUGGUAAAUUGUUGCUUGGUGAAGAUUUGUGGUGCCGCCAUUGUGUUGGUCAGUGAAGCAGUGAAAUGUGUCCAGUGUAUUCCCAGGUCACUCACUCACCAGUAAAUUCCAAUGAAUCUCUUGAUAACAAGCCAGUCACUGAGUCAAUGUGUCCAUCAACAGCGCUCAUGCACCGCGCCACACACACACACACACAUACACACGUGCACAUGCAGGCACGCACGCACAUGGCCACAGAGCCACGCGUGACAAGACCAGUAGGAGGAUGGCGGCAGGCUGAUGGCAGGGACGGCAGAGGUGCCGGCGGCACAGGUGGUGGUGGUGGUGGUGGCAGAGUCGCCGCUGCUGGUUAUCAAUUCCUAAAGUCAAGUGGUGGCAUUUUGUAAUCAGCUUUGGUGUCCUACAAAACACACACACACACACACACACACACACACACACACACACACACACACACACACACACACACACACACACACACUUGGCGCGGCUCACGGCGGCGGCGGCAACACCAAUCCUACAGUCACAAAGUGGGUCGCUACAUGCACACACGGGUACACACACACACACACACACACACACACACACACACACACACACACACAGGAUUCCCUCGCCAUGUAGGACAGGAGGAGCAGCAGUCGGAGUGUUUAGUGUGGGCCAGCCCCGCCACGGCGGCGGUGCAGGUCAGAGCGAGGGCCGUGUUAACAUAUCUCAACCUGCCUCUAUGAUUUGGUAUCGUUACGUUGUAGCUUAAGAACAAAUCUAGGAAAGGUGUAUGUACUUAUACUAGUGUACGUGUAGUCAGUCAGUCAGUCAGUCAGUCACGGUGAACUGUUUAGUCACAAGCUAUGUAAAAAAAAAUAUACAAUAAUUUUGCUAAUCUUAAUCUUUCUAAGGUGCCACCCGUAGGCCGCGGCGGAGCGGUGGUGGCGUGGCGCGGCGCGGCGCUGCGCGGCAGUGGCGGCACGUCCCGGCUGGCGGCCGCGCUCCCAAGGUGUAUUAAUCAUUCACGAUAUUUAUGUAAAGCGCCGGCACGCAGCAGCAGCAGCAGCAGUGAGUGGCGCAGGCUACUCAGCAGCGCCCCACAGCCUUAGUACUGAGGGCAGGACGCGGCGCGGCGGUGUGGCCCUCAGGUACCAGCCAUCCUCACCCGCCCGCCCCCGCCGCCCCGCCCCGCCCCGCCCCGCCAGGCCACUGCCACGCCGCCUCACUCAGAACUAACACAUAUCACGGCUUUUAGGUUACUCGCCUUUUGUUACUCGUUUGGUUAGGUUACUUUUACUGGUUGGCUGUACGUGUCCCUCGCCAGCCCCGCGCCCCGGGCAGCCCCGCGCAGCCCCACGCAGGCCGGGGCCAGGACGGGACGCAGUGGAGGCGAGGCUGGCCGCGGCGGGGCGUGGCGGCCCAGCACUGCGGCGCCCGCCACAGGCCAGCCCCUCCCCUCCCCUGAGCGGUAGACGCCAUUGCUGACAGUGUCGUGUCUGUAUAAAGGUGAUGGUGGUGCGGCUGUACAUUUUGGACUCGCUUCUUGUCCCGCGGUGUGACUCGAGCCAAACUGGUUGGUGUUGUGUUGGUGUGUGCAGGACACACCAGCGCCCGCUGCUGCAUCCCGUCCCCCCUCCCUCCCACAUCCCGCCCCAUCACGGCCGCCUCCUCCAGGGAGCGGCGUCCCGCCAUGCGGCACGCCACGCCUCACGCCUCGCCUCGCCCGGGCCUCACCACCCCGAGAUGUAACCAUUGCCACGCCGCCAGGGCCUGGAGGAGGGAGGCUCCCCACCCCCUUUUGUAAAUUCACUCUGUACAAUGCCUCCCUUCCCCCUCACCCUCCUGCUACCCCCUUCGUCCCCCCCCCCUUGGCACCAUUGUAGUGUCUACACACCCGCCAGGAUGUCACCGCCACGCUGAUAGAUGAUAACAAUCAAAAGAGUCAUCCUGCGCCGCCUGGACCGCCCGCCGCCCGGGGACACGUGGCGCCGAGCGAGCGUCCCACACAUCCCUCCCCUCGCCCCUCACCCUCACCCUCACCCCAUCCCCCACCACUCACCACUCGCCCCAGGGCUCCGUCAGUGUCACGGCCGCGGCAGGCAGCUGACGGUGCCGCCCCGCCCCACCCCGUGCCGCCCCACCUGGCAUGCCUCGCAGCGGGCGUGAUGGGGCGGGGCGGGGCGGGAUGAGGCCCGGCAGUAGCAGGGGGAGCAGCGCCCCCUUGACUGUAACAUUCCGUUGUAGGUCACGUGUUUAUAUCAAGUGUUUGAUGAAUGAUAGACUUAAUAACGACCGGGAUAUAUAUAUAAAGAAAUAACUAUAUAUACAUACGUACACACACACACACACACACACACACACACACACACACACACACACACACACACACACACACACACACACACACACACACACACACACACACACACACACACACACACACACGACAUGCCAUAUACAUGUAUCUAUUUUUUGUUGUGUUGUGGUUAGCGAGGCGGCCGCUCGUCCCUUCCCGAGGGAGGGCGGUGGCGGCGCCUGGCGGCCCCGCCUCCUGCAGCAGACCUUGAGUUCUCAUCUUGGCAGCUGUGUGCUUCUUGCUUCUGCUUUGUGGUCUGAGAUCCGCUUUUAGUUUAGGGUACGACAGUUCUGUUAGACUUACCAAGACUGGGAAUCAUGAUAGGUUUAUUUUGAUACCUCACAAAGCAAGAUUUGCCAGGAUUUUUGUAAUGCAGCAGCAGCAGCAGCAGCAGCAGUUUGUGAAGGUCACCAGGUGGUGCGUGGCGCGGCGCGGGGCAGGGCGGGGCGGGGUACUCCAGGCCGUGGCAGUGCAGGACAGCCGGGGGCGCCCGCUUCCCCAGCAAUACUUACCCGACAUAUCACGACGGACGGACAGCAGCAGCGGCCCCCCGGCGCCCGCACCCGGCCCCGCCCGGUCCCGCUCCGCCCUGCCCCGCGUCAUGCAGCAGCUCUCACAUGGCCCGGCGUCCCGCUCCUCUCCUCGCCCGCCCCAGACUUCUCCCCCAGGUCCAGUAGCGGCCGUCAGAUACUCGUGGCUGGGUGGGGCGGGGUGGGGCGGGGGGCGCCGGGCCUCACACGCAGGGUUGGGAUGGCGCUGGCCGCGGGGUGUAGGACGUCUGCACAAAAUCCCUGGCUUAUGUAAUCCGUCAUCAAUAAAUAUUACCUACACCCAAA